AAGUGUUACAAAGUGAAGAAAACAGUGAACAAGCGUGCAUUGAUGGGUGACGUGUGUUUUUUCCGGCUACUUCAGAAUGACUAGCAAGGGUACCAGUUAUUGCUCGCGUCGUGUGAUAGAGUGCAUUUUUGCGAUUUCUAUAACUGCUCGUGUGCGCGAAUGAAAAUUCUUUCAAUCACAAAUCCUGUCCAAUGCCAUUGCGUCACACUAUCACUAAUAGGUUUUGUUUAAAGUAUAAUAACACUCCAUGUUGAGUCUGGCAUUAAAAAACUAGGCUUGUAUUUGUGCCGUAUCUUGAACAUCUCUGGCCGUUCAAUUAUAUGCACAACAGUAGUGGAAACACGCGAUAUAAUGCUACUACGAGCCCGUCAAUUGGCGCUAAUAGCGUCCACUCUACGCAGUAGUGGCAAAAUAGUACUGGAAACAUCAACACGUGCUUCGUCCACGAGCGCUGUGGUGUCCAGUCCAGCAAAACCGUCCUCCAAAAUGUUGAGCCAUCAUCCGAUAGGUAGCAAGGAGCAGCUGGUGAUACAGCAAGUGCAGCCAGUGGUUGAAAAUUAUGAGAAUGCAGUGCAAGCUUUGAAUUCGCUACAGUCCAAUUACAGUGUGUUACAGAGUUCGACAAGUAGAGUGCAUUCGGGUGAUUCGAUUCACAUACAGGAGACGGUAAAGUUUUUGCAGAGAAUCGGAAUUUCGUUAGAAACACUCGAUCAACUUCCGGUCAUUCACGUUUCCGGAACGAAAGGGAAGGGCUCAACAUGUUCGCUGGUAGAGUCUAUCCUUCGAGCUCACGGUUACAGAACCGGUUUCUUCAGUUCACCGCACCUGGUAUCGGUAACGGAACGCAUCCGACUGGAUGGGCUACCAAUCAAUUCCAGUAAAUUCACCACCUACUUCUGGAAGGUUUACAAUCGUCUGUUGGACAGUCGAGAACAUCCCAGGGAUCUUCCAGCUUAUUUUAAUUUUCUAACAAUUCUUGCCUUCGAAGUGUUCCUUCGGGAGAAGGUCGAUGUGGCUAUCGUGGAGGUUGGCAUCGGUGGCAAGUAUGACUGUACGAAUGCUGUACGUGAUACAAAAACCGUUGGGAUAACUUCGCUUGGGUUGGAACAUACGCAGUUGCUGGGUAAUACAAUUGAGGACAUCGCUUGGCAAAAGGCUGGAAUUAUAAAGGAUCAAUCGGAUGUAUUUACCGUACUCCAACCGGAUGGUUGUUUGGAUGUGAUAAUGGACCAAUGUCAAAAAAUGGAAGCAAAUCUUCAUCUAGUGCCUGACUUUGAUUCCUACAAAUGGAAACGAAAGCCGAAUCUCAAUGCAAACAAUUUGGCAAUCAAGCUGAAUACAUCAUUGGCCAUUCAAAUUGCACUCAACUGGAUCAACCGGACCCGUCCGGAUUUGCUGAACAAAGAUGAUGCCCGUCUUUCGGAGACGAUCAGCCACGGUUUGGAAUCAUGCUUUUGGCCUGGUCGUUGUCAUCAGAUUCGUAAGGGAAACAAGCGAAUAUUUUUAGACGGUGCGCACACUAUAGAAAGCAUAGAAAUUUGUUCCAAGUGGUUCCAAACGUGUCAACGGAAAGUAAAUCCUAAGAUAUUGAUUUUCAAUGCCACUGGAGACCGGGACACAGGAAUGCUACUGAGUAUUCUGGCAAAGCAUGCACAUUUUGAUAGAGUAUUUUUUGCUCCUAAUAUAGCUUCACAAUCAACGGCGAAUAUAGAUGCCAUCAAUCUCAACUUUCCCAGUGACGAACAGAUAAGACGUUGCGAAAAAAAUGCCACCCAUUGGCGUGAAAUGAUGAUUCAGCGCGAUCACCCCUUCACUAGUGUUGCCUCCGUUCUACCCGCUUUGGAUGUCGUGCUAGAGCAGAUCGAUAAUAAUUACCUAGCGCACCAGGAAUGUGAUAUUUUGGUAACCGGAUCGCUGCAUCUGAUUGGAGCAGCACUGACUGCACUGAAAAUGGAAUCACAAGUGAUCACUCCCGAUUAGAAAAGAGGCUCUUUUGAAUUUUCAACACCAUAUCCAGUGAAUAAAAAACAAUGUUAUCAGCCGCGUACGAAAAGUUAGAGAAGCUCUUUUUACAAGUGAGAACUUUUCAUCCGUGGCUGAUGUGUGGAUGAGGUGAGUGACAUAAUUAUUUUUUUACUAUUGUAUGUUUUUAUGUAGAUUUGUAAAAGUGAUGGAAAAGCAGGACGAAUUGAGAUAUGCUG